AAAACCAAACCCUAGCAUCAUAAUCUCCAAUUCAAUCAAGAAAAAUAUAAAACAAAAUGACUUUUAGGUAUUUUUUAUUCGUAAUUCUAUUCGUUUCAUUCUUCUCUUACUCUUUACAAGCAAAGUCAGCUGAUCCAUACAAGGUUCUUGGAGUUGAGCGGGACGCGAAUCAGCGACAAAUACAAAAAGCUUUUCACAAGCUCUCUCUUAAAUAUCACCCAGAUAAGAACAAAAACAAGGGUGCACAAGAGAAGUUUGCUGAGAUAAAUAACGCAUAUGAAAUUCUAUCUGAUGAAGAAAAGAGGAAGAACUAUGAUAUGUAUGGGGAUGAGACGGGGAGACCAAGAUUUGAGGCUGGUCCUGGUGGAUAUAGUCAUUUUUCUGGAGGCCACCCAGGGAACAGUCACUUUAACUUUAGGCCAGACGAAUUUCAAAGAAUGGGUAGGCAGGGGAACUCAAAAUCAUUCUCAUUUUCGUUUGGUGGUAAUCCUAGUGGAGGUGGUAAUUCGUUCGGGGGGUUUGGUAUGGAGGAUAUGUUUUCCAAUCUUUUUGGUGGUGGCGCGAAAGGGGGGUGGAACCCAUUUGGUGGUUCAGCUGGAUCUCAAUCUAGGUCUGGGACUUCCUCUCGUAGCAUCCCGACUAUCACUUCGAAGAGUUUCAAGAAUGAAAUAGCAGAGAAAGGAGUCACUUGGCUUAUAUUGUCUUACACUCCCACGUCAAAGGGACAUCAUGUACUAGAGUCAAUGAUAGGUGAAGUUGGCAGCUUGUUAGAAGGAGCUAUAAAGGUUGGUAGCAUUAAUUGCCAAGAUGAGAAGUCCUUAUGUAAGGAACUUGGUAUAACACCAUCUCAUUCAGCUCGGGUAUUUGCUUAUACAUACGAAGCAAUAGACAAAGCUUCCCUGACGGAGUACAAUGGUGAUAUGGAUUCAAGAAGUCUAAAAGUCUUCUGCCAAAAUCAUUUGCCAAGGUUUUCAAAACGGGUGGACUUAAGCCGUAUUGAUUUUCCAUCGAGCACUGAAAACCUACUUCGAGUGAUGUUACUCUCAAAUAAGAAGGAUACUCCUGUAAUCUGGCGUGCUCUCAGUGGCUCGUACCGCAAGCGCUUCACCUUUUAUGAUGUAGAGGUUGGUGGCAUUUCUGAUCCAGCAGUGAAAAAGCUAGGAGUGGAUGCACUACCGGCAGUUGUCGGUUGGCUUUCAAAUGGGGAGAAACAUGUACUGAAAACAGGGAUAACCGUGAAGAAGUUAAAAUCUGCAGUUGACGAGCUGAGUUUGUUACUUGAUAGUUUUGAGAAAAAGAAUAAGAAGGCAAGAUCAGCUCGCCAGGGGAAAAAUCCACAAGGGAAUGAUUCAGAAGGAAAACAGCUGCCUUUGCUUAUGGCUUCAAAUUUGGGUUCCCUUUGUGGAGACAAUACUCCCUUGUGCAUUAUUGGUGUUUUCCGUUCAUCAAAAGCACAGGAGAAGCUAGAAUCAGUUCUCUCCAAUGUCUCCAAAAAGUCAUUGAUGAGGCAACAAAACCAAAUUUCUAGUUCCGGUGUUUCUAUUUCAUACGCGUUGUUGGAUGCAAACAAGCAAGCUUCAUUUCUGAAUUCUUUUGACAAGAAAGGUUUCAAGUCUAUGGACAAAUUUCUAGUAGCUUACAAGCCUAAGAAACAGAAAUUUGCAGCCUUCACAAAUGAAAUUACAAUGGAGGAAGUGGAGAGGUUCAUUGGUUCUGUUCUUAACGGGGAUAUCAAUUUUUCCAAGACAUUACAGAAACCCGUCCUCAAGUGAGAAUAGAAAGCAGUUGAUGUAUAUCUAGCGAGAUGUAGUUACAGUUACGUACAAAUUUUGUUAGUCGUCAGUUGUUUGUGCGCGUGCUUCUGAAUUGGAUACUCCUUCAGUUCCCUUUACCAGUUGAGUUUCUCUCCUAACUUGUGUAUAUAUGAGAGUGAGAUGUUCUCGUCUAAAAUAAUGAAAUUUUGCAGCCCUUGUUUUUGAGACAAGGGGGCUGCAGUUGUAAAUUAAAACAGAAUUAAUCAGAAUGGUCCUUAAACUCUAACUAUGCUAUGUGCACUCCCAGCUGUAGCUGGCUGGAGUAGUUGAAUAGUAAAUUGAGCCCAACUUGUAUGAAAAAACUGAGAAGUGGCAAAAUUCAGACCACUAGACCUUGGGGUGUUUUUAUCCAUUCCGGUAAAUGGUCAACUGGUCAAGAUUGACUGUAUUGAACAGAUAGGAUGAAACAUCAAAGUCUUUGAUGGGGUGCUCAACUAUGAUGUAUAGUGAACUGAAGUAGUGGAUUUCCCUUAUCGUUUAGAAUAUACUAAUCCAGGGACUUCUUUUACUCUGAGAGUUCGGUGGUCAUAAAACACACUGAAGAAUUCGUUUCAUUCUCUUCAUAUUAUAUGGUUGGGUUGAAGGAUCUCUAGAUGACUAUGUCCUUCAAUUCAGUUGCUACUGGUUUCAACUCUUCCAAGCAGUUGCAAGCAAAACAUUGGACUCUCGCAAGACCUUAUGGAGGAGGGUCUACUUCAAAGGCUGAGUAUGUCACAGCUUCCUCGGGGCUUUGUUUUGGUUCCAGAAAGGGUAUAAAGUACGGAAGAUUCAGCCUUAUACUUUCGGCUUCCAAUAGUAAUCAAGUUGCUGCUGACACUGCAGAUAAAGGUUCGAGUGGUUCAGCAAAAAAUGUUGCAAAUGAGCAAUUGUUAGCAGCCAGUUCACUUGCUGAGAAUAUACAGCUCAAGUCUAGUGCCAAAGCUGAACAGGGUCCUCAAACAACAGGAUCGUCUAAUGGGUCGCCAGUUACAACUGACGCAGCAAAGGAGACGACACCUUCUUCUAAAUCACCAAAAAGAUCAUCAUUGACAGCGAGGGAGAAGCUUAGAGCAGCUCGUGUUUUAAGUCGAAAUAACACAGAUUCCAAGCCAUCCAAAAAAUCAGUACUAGGGAGCAAGGUUUUAGAUGCUUUGAGAGAAAGUGAUCGUGAGAGUGGGAAAAAAAGAAUGGGUCUUCCUGAAGCUCCUUCAAAUAUGCUUGAUGAUAGCAGACGAGGGAUGCCAAAGCAAGGACUGACCUGGGAUCUUCCUGGUGGUAAUGAACUGUUCUUCAUCAUAUUCUCGGCAACCUUCAUUGGCACACUGAUGUUUGCAACGGCUUUUGUCGUGUGGAAAGUUGGAGCCAUCCAUUUUAAUGACUAGCUAGUGAAUACUAAUUCAGGUGCAGGUGAGCUGCAUCUUUGUUAUCCAAACAAGCUGCCUUCAAGCAUAGAUGGGAAAACGAAGAAUCCCUACUUCCUUUCAGCCUUUCAGGUACAUGUAAAGCAUCAUCUUAUUACAUCUCCCCAGAUUUUGUGUAAACUAUAUGCAUUAAGGCCAACUUUCUGUUUCGGGCAAGACAUACAUACUUCUCUGAAUGUACAGAUUUUGCUCCCACCAUAUCUCAAUUGUAAGUCUAAUUUUAUGCACCUCAGCAGUACAAGAUGAGGUGACAUUAGCAUA